AUGUCAGAAACUGAAUUAGAGGCGAAAAGAAGAAAAAUAGAAAAGGUGGAGAAAUAUGAUGAAGAUAAUUGUGCAAAUUCAUUAAACAUUUUGGAUGAAGAUAAUGCUGAUGAGCCAUUAGGGGAAGAAGACACCCAAAAAAAUGAAAAAACACAAAGUGAAAGAUAUGGCACACAUAGUGAUGGUGAUAAUGAUGAUGAUGGCGAUAGCGUUUGCAGUGAUAGGAACAAAAAGGUACAGAAAAACAAACAUUAUUUAAUUGAACAUAUGGAAAACAAAAGUAAACUAUUAAACAAUAUAACAUCGUUAGAAGAAAAUAAAUUAUUUGUGAAAAAUUUAACCGAAGAAAUAACAAAAAACGAUUUAGUUCUUUUUUUUUCAAAUGCUAAUGGAUACGUAGAUACAAGAAUAGUAUAUGAUUCGUCAGGGAAAUCCAAAACUUUUGCUUACAUAGAAUUUGAUAAUAAAGAAAAUGCAUAUAUAUUUUUUAGUACAUUACAAGAUAGUAAUGUAGAUAAUUACAAAAAAUUUAUGAUAAAAGAUGUUAGUCUUUAUGUUGCCAUUUGCAAAUCGAAGAAAAGUAUAUAUGAGGAAAAAAAAGUUUUUAUUAAAUUCAUUAAAUGUGAUAUGGGAAUAGAUAAUGUACGAAUAAAACAGGAAAUUUCAAAUUUUCUUUGUAACCAUUCAAUUGCUCCACUUGACAUUCGUCUCCUUGGAGAAAAUCCGCCAACGCACGGUUACAUAGAACUUAUGAACAACGAAGAUGUAGUGUCUUGUGUUGAAUCCAUAAAGGAAGGGAUUCUAGAAGAUCUACAGUUCAGCUUGGACUAUUGCAUACCGAUAAUAAAGAAAAAAAUAAUACCAAAUGUAGAAAAAAUAAAAGCGAACAAAGAGAAAAAUAAACAGGCUCAGGAAGAAAAAAAAAAAGAGGAAAAUAGUUCCACUAUUGUUGUGAAAAAUUUACAUUAUAACACCAGAAAAUAUAAGUUGGAAAAGCUAUUUAAACAGAUAGGAGAAAUUGAGAAAAUAUAUCUCAGCAAAAAGGUAUCAGAAAACAAUAUUAAGAGGAAUAGAGGGUUCGCUUUUAUUACGUUUAAGAAUGCAAAUGAUGCUACUUCUGCAUUGAUUCUUAAUGAUUCCAUUAUUGAUGGUAGAAGUAUUUUGGUGUCCAAGUUUUGUCAAGAUGGAGAAAGGAGAAGUAAAAAUGGGGAAGGAGAUCAAUCGGAUGGUCAACCAGAUAAUCAAGGAAUCGAAAAGACAAAAAAAAGUAAUCCAAACGGAAAUAAUCACUACUUUAACAAUAACGCUAGGAACAACUAUCCACUUGAAAAAAAAAGAAUAAAUUUAAACAAAUCAAACAAUCCAAACACACUAACGGAGAAGCGGGUAGAUGACACAGGCGAGGGUGGUGGCCCCACGCAACUGACAAAUGAUGAUUUUAGAAAAUUUUUUUUUUAA